GAUGAAUCGAAAGCUCUUGAUUGCACUUCCUCCAGCCGUGCGCAUCAGCCAUCGCGGAAUUGCUCACGCUGUUGAGCGAUUGGCUUUACUGGAAAAGGGCGUAUCAGAAGCUGACGAUGGCCAAGUGUUACUCAGCAGAACAAGAGAUCUGAUGAGGCUUUUGAAACGAGAUAGUCAGCACCUUCAAAGUGAGGGAAUUCUGUCACCCCGGGGGGCCAUGGAUCUCCUCACCAAGGUAGUUUCUGAGAGAGUAGACCAGUUAGAACCAAGUGAAUGCUGCGAGCUGCUGUACUUCCUCGCGGAGGGACGGCGUUGGACGGUAUGCGACAAGGGGACUAUUGAUGGUCUUUUGAAAAGGGCCUUAGCGAGAGAACGUAUAUCCCCGAGAGACUUGUCGAUUGCACUUCAUGUGAGUACAGUCCUUGAGCUCGAGGGCGACAAACGGACGAGGAAGGCGAUCACAGCAGCCAUUACCAAGCUGGACUUCACCGAAUCUACGUUCAAGGACAUCGCCCGAUUAGCUGUGGUCCUGGGUGCAUGUACAACGCGGAAUUUCAUAUCAGAGAGCCUCAUUGAGCACUUGUCGGAGGCCUUAUCGGCCUACUACCCCAAGCAGGAUCUUACUGCUGAGUUGCUGAUACUGGCGAGCAGCGCUCUGGUCAGUCUGUGCCGUGCCCUUCCUCGGGAAGCAUCUGUGAAAGGCCGAGGCGAGUUACUGGACAAGCUACUCGCGCAUCAGAGUGAUUGGAGCUCGAUCGCAGUGUGUGACGUUGUAUAUAGUGCCUACGUACUUGGGAGGCCCCUACAGGACGUGGCUCUUAUAGAGAAGAUGCUCGACACCUUUGACCCGGCACAGGUCAACUCAUCUGACCGUCUGUGCCGGCUUCUGGCUUCUAUACCCGCGACUGAGUUACCCUUCGUCGCACAGUGCUCGUUACCGUAUAUAAACAUCAGUCACCUGUCGAGGAGCAAUGCAUUGAAGGUUGCCUAUGGCCUAUCAGCGCAUGCGAGCGCCUUCACUGAGACCAUAAAGGACGUGUGCGGCCGACUCGUUGACCUUGCCAAUACCAUGAACCAUCGCCACGCUUGGGAGUGCAUGGCUCUGUGCAAACGUAUCCAACAUGAUGCCCUGCUUGAAGCAGCUUGUCGAGUAUUGCUAGCCGGAAAGAAGGCAUUCAAAGCAGCCGAGAGGGGCUUGUGUGAUGAGGUUUACAACGAGGUCAAGACGAGGCUCGGCGAAGUUCCUGCAGUCCUCGAAGACUUACAUGAGAGGGUUCAUGAUGUUGCUGGAGUAGAUGCUAAGAUUGAUUCGAAACAGACCCAGCCAGGCCGUCAAUUCAGUAGUCAGGCGAUAGAGGAUGAUGAUGACGAUGAUGAGACUUCCCUGUUUCAUGAUCGUGAACUGAAGUGCCUACGUGCAUCGGCCAGGCGGAAUGAAGUUGCCGGAGGGGACGCCUCAUCAGGAGAGACAGGCAAUAUCUACGAGAGUUUCUGCCGAUCGAAGCUUCUAACGAUGCUCGAGAAGAUGGAGGCCGGGCACGACCCAGUAGAAGAAGCGCAUGCUUUGCUGAAGCGUCAUCGAGAUGGCAGGAAGGAGGCGCGGAGGAACGCGGAUGAAGGACCGCAAGUAACGGGAAAGUCUCGGAAAAAACGGAAGCCAAGAAAUGAGCGAGAAAAACGAAGACUCGCGAUGUUCAAGAUGGGAAAUUACCAGCCUUUUAUUUUUGCUAAGCAACAGGCAAGAAAGAAUCGUCUGUGGCCUUAG